GGGGUCAGCCCCAGACGGUUUCCGAGCUGGCUGUCGCGCCCUGCACGUCCCGCUGACCGCGUGCCUGUUCCUGAGAAAUGUCUGGCAACGGGACAGAAGCCACCGUCAGCAGCAGCCCGGUGACAGCGGAAGAACCGGUACUGCAGCCGAGCGUGGUGGACCGCGUGGCCGGCAUGCCCCUCAUCAGCUCCACCUGCAACAUGGUGUCGGCGGCCUACGCCUCCACCAAGGAGAGCCACCCCCACGUCAAGACCGUCUGCGACGCGGCCGAGAAAGGCGUGAAGACCCUCACGGCGGCCGCCAUCAGCGGGGCGCAGCCCAUCCUCUCCAAGCUGGAACCCCAGAUCACGUCAGCCAGUGAGUACGCCCACAGGGGGCUGGACAAGCUGGAGGAGAAUCUGCCCAUCCUGCAGCAGCAGACGGAGAAGGUUCUGGCAGACACCAAGGAGCUGGUCUCGUCCAAGGUCUCGGGGGCCCGAGAAGCCGUGUGCAACACCGUGUCCAGCGCCAAGGACACAGUGGCCACCCGAGUGACGGAGGCGGUCGAUGUGACCCGGGGCGCUGUGCAGACUGGUGUGGAUGCCACCAAGUCUGUGGUGGCCAGUGGCGUCCAGUCGGUCAUGGGCUCCCGGGUGGGCCAGGUGGUGCUGAGCGGGGUGGACACGAUGCUGGGCAAGUCCGAGGAAUGGAUGGACAACCACCUGCCCAUGACGGACGCCGAGCUCGCCCGCCUCGCCACGUCCCUGGAGGGCUUCGACAUCGCGUCGGUGCAGCAGCAGCGGCAGGAGCAGAGCUACUUCGUGCGUCUGGGCUCCCUCUCGGAGCGGCUGCGCCAGCGGGCCUACGCUCACUCUCUGGGCAAACUGCAGCUGACCCGGCAGCGGGCCCAGGAGGCCCUGCUCCAGCUGGCACAGGCACUCAGCCUGAUGGAAACCGUCAAGCACGGAGUCGAUCAGAAGCUGCUGGACGGUCAGGAGAAACUGCACCAGAUGUGGCUCAGCUGGAACCAGAAGGAGCUCCGGGGCACCGAGGAGAACCCAGCCAAACCAGAGCAGGUGGAGUCCCAGACGCUCACCAUGUUCCGCGACAUUGCCCAGCAGCUGCAGAACACCUGUGCCUCGCUGGGGUCCAGCAUCCAAGGGCUGCCCUCCCACGUGAAGGACCAGGUUCAGCAGGCUCGCCACCAGGUGGAGGGCCUCCAGGCCACCUUUUCUGGCGUCCAUUCCUUCCAGGACCUGUCCAGCACUAUCCUGACGCAGAGCCGAGAGCAGGUGGCCAAGGCCCGAGAGGCCCUUGACCACAUGGUUGAGUACGUGGCCCAGAACACGCCCAUCAUGUGGCUGGUGGGACCCUUUGCCCCGGGAGUCGCUGAGAAGGCCCCAGAGGAGAAGAAAUAGGACAGUCAGAAGGGGGCUCGAGGGACCUAGUCUUUCCCUGAGGGGUCAGCACGAGCGCUGGACCCUUCGCCCCCUCGCCUCGCUUGGAACGUGUUUCUUCCCUUCCUCCCGGCCCAUCUCAGCUACCACCUCGGGGAGCGCCCUCUGCCGCCUCGGAGGAAGCACUGCCUGCCUUCAUCAGUCUUUAGGGGGAGGUUUCCAGAAACGGAUUUUUUUCUAGGAGGCCCCCAGGCCGCCUCCAAAUUUUUUCUUCUUAGAAACAAAGGCUAGGUUUCUUACAUCCCACCUGUGCUACGUCAAGGCCCCUGGAUAUCCGCCUUUAGCUAACGGACUUGGACUUCUGGCUUGCGAAGUGGCCCUUCUGGGGUGCGGGGCGGAGGCAGAACCGCUGAGACCCAUUCCGGAGCAGACGGGGGGCGGGGGGCCCUGGGGCCUGCCCGGCCGCUCGCGGGUGCCUGGAGUGUCACCGUUGCCUUAAUAAAUCUCACCUGCAGCUGA